UAUAAUAUCCACUCGUCCCCCCCCACCACUACUUUGCCGUCAACCCGUCUACUACCUGUGUAGUAUGCGUUUACAUAGUACCUGCGUACCCGCAGCAAUGCUAUUGGAAUAUAUUAAUGUUAUUUUUAUUAUCGUGCCCGCCGAGUCGCGUUUUUCGGUGUGCUCGGACGAACACUAGACAACAGCAGCUAGUUUCAGUUUGGCGCCCGCGCGAUCAGCAACCACUUCAAGUCACCAGGAUAAUAUAAUUAUAUAUUUCAUAAAACCGAUAUACUUCAUAUAGAUCUACCAUCCCCCGUCCGUUCACUUAUGAGCUAACCUAACCGCGUCCAAAACCCUUUUUACGUCGGUACGUUAUAAAUUAUUUAGCAAAAUAUUCAAAAUCGUCACUUUUCGUCAAGCCCGCCAUUAUGAAGCGAUCCUACACCAUAAUCUUGAUGGCCUCGCUGUCCUUAAUAACAACCGAAGCAGCUCACAUGAUAUACGCACAAAACUGCGGCAAAGAUGAAUACAACCGGUGUAUCGCUCUAGCCGAUCCACUGGUGAAAGAUCCGCAUUUCAUCUAUCCGGGAAAUCUAAAAGACAUCGAUAACAUAUGCCGCACUUGGACGCUGUUCGUCGAUUGUACAAAGCGUUACACCGAACACUGUUUCGAGGAGAGCAAACGAAAAGUAUUUAACAAAGCCGUUGAAAACUCUAUCGAACUGGUCCAUCAAAUGUGCACGUCGCCCCAAUACCAGACAGAAUAUUUGAAGCAUGCGUCGUGUUUACGUACGACGCUGUUCGACGAUUCGCGUUGUGGGAAACACUAUCGAUCUUUGGCCGGAUUCAUUUCGAACGAGACCAGUGGGCCCAGCAUUUGUUGCACUCACCACAGAUUCCGGGAAUGUGUGCUGGACCAAACACGAAGGACUUGCAACCAAGACGACGAUUCCUUUACACAACAAUUGUUGGAUAAAGCAUUUGGAUUUUUUCGCAACCAGUGCAUAGACUACGUGCCGAAUCAAGACGAAUGUCCUGGAUAUGAAUAUUAUAACGCGAUGACCACCAACCGGUGGCAAGACGAUAAGGGUAAAGGAUCGCCGAGUCCCAGCCAGUGGCCUUCGACGAAGCGACAGGACGAUUGGAGACCCGAGCAGAACACGGGUGGCUGGUCCGGUGGACCGUCGACGGCACCCGCGGGUAGCGAGAGGACUAGCCGCGGGCACACCGUGCAAGCCGCGUCGUUCAGCACGCCGACGUGGCAGGUGUCGGCCGCGGGUGUCGGCGGUGUCGUUGGCGGUGGCGUCUCCGCGUCGGCUCAGCCGCCCACCAAGAAACCGGACACCACCAGUUACAUGAGCAACGUGAUCGACGAGCCCAACCAACAGGGCCUGGCCCAGACCGGUGCCGGGCCGGGGCCGAACGCGCCCAGCGCCGCAACCGUGGCCGCCGCACUGGCGCUAUUGGCGCUCGCGAAAGUCGCCACAUAAUACCGGAAAAACGUAUAUUAUAAUUAAUUAUACAAUAAUAUUAUAAUAACAUAUUACACACUAAUAUUGUGCGCAUAAUAAUAUUAAAACGAUAAUAUUUAAAAUAUUGUUAUAUGAUUAUAAUAUUUUAUAUAUAUAUAUAUAGGAUGCCUCGAAGAUUACGGUUUAUUAUUGUUAUUAUAAUUAUUAUUAUUAUUGUGCACGACCGCGAAGUAAAAAAAAAAAUAUAUUUUCAAAAAACACUUAGCUAAUAUACAAUUUAUACGAUUCGUCAUAAUAAUCUGCAACAUCGUUCAAAAUACGGUCGUCGAAAUCGAAUAACCAUUAGGUGAUUUAUUAUUUGAAGUAGGUAAAACGUUUGUAUUAUUUCAAAAACAAGAUUUGUAUGUACAAAAUUUCAAGUCGUUACAAAAAAAAAAAAAAAAAUGACAUUUUUACAAUUUUUUACUACACCUAUAUAAUUUGCUUAUCAAAAAUGUAAAUAGGUACUUAUAACUUAGGUACUCGUAAACCACUCGCUUGAUAUUAAAUUUUAAUACAUAUUAGAUGAAUUAAAAAUGUGCGUUAUCAUUAUAAAAGUCAAAGCAUAAAAAAUAAUAGUUAAUGAUAAAAGUAUAAUAGUUUUUUUUCAAAUUUGUUGUUUUGUGAUGACUUAAAAUCAUAAAAAAAAAAAAAUAAGUAAAUAAUUAUUUUUGAAAUAAUGACAAUGUUUUUCGAUCAAAGAAUCACCUUCCCGAAAGCAUAAAUUGUAUUUUUUUGCAUACAUUAUUAUAUUGUAAAUUUUAUUUGGGCUUCAGCCCGUAUUGUGAUAAAAUUAAAUAAAAUUAAAAAAUUACACUCGUGUGAUCCACACGUCAUAUUAUUAAAUUUAAGAACACCGUCCGAUAUAAUAUAUAGGUCACAUACACGUCUUGCGUAUCAUAGAUCGUGAUCGACCACCACCGAUGUACUAUAUAGCAUUGUAAUAUGUGACAGAGUCGCAACUAUAUGUGUAUAACAUGGAGCCAAUCCCACCGAUCCGCCGAUCAUUUUUAGAUAAAAUUAAAUUUGUUUUGAUAUUUUUUCUAAGUUUAACAUUUUUUUUAAAUCGAUUUUGUUUUUCUGAUUAGGCGUUUGAUAGGAAUGAGCCUUUAUUAUAUUAUUAUGUUCUAUAAUAUAUUUUUAACUUAUCACCCAAAAAAAUAUGUAAAUAUAGUUGCGCCCUGCACGAGUUCUAUCUAUACACAUAUUAUGUUAAUAUUAUAUAUUAUUAUAGACAUACUCAUAUACAUUAUGUUAGUUUCCAACAACAUGACGUGUAUAAUAUAGUAUUAUUAUAAUAAUCUAUAAUCGCAUUGUAUUCUACAUAAAUCCAUGUACCGACUUAUGAUUUUUGGAUGUAUACACAUCCACAUCAUUUAUUCGUUCCAAAGUCAUUAUAUUGUAUUAUUAUGAUGUUAUAUUGUUUUAUAAAUUAUCAUUUCUUUUUUUCAUUAGCGUUCGCACCGUUUACCACACGUUAUCAUAUUAUUAUUGUGUUAUGACGCUGUUGUAUUGCAGUGGUCGAAACAGUACAGUGAGCAGAAACAUGGUAAAUUAUUAUGUACGAGUGUACGACUAAAUAAAAUUAGAAUUAUAUUUUUUUAAAUUUAUCAAAUAUUAUAUUAUGUGACACAUUAACUCGUAUGCACGGCCGUAGAAGACAUAUUGAUAUUAUAUUGUAUAUUAAUAAAUUAUUUCGUCGGGGGAUGUCAUUUUUUAAAGGAGAUAAAAUCAGGAGAUAUAUCACGAAAAAUAAAAUGUCAGCAUCGCUCGUUUACCACCCUCGCGGCCUUCGAUCACUGUAUAUUAUGCGCAUUUUUUACGUCCUUAAUGAUUGUCUACUGCAUGAUAUUUUACCAUUGGUGUAUUUGAUGUUGGAAAAAAAUCUUCGUUUUCUGUACUAAAAAAUAUAAUUAUUAUUAUUAAUUGUAUUAUGAUACAUAUACGAUGACCGUCGGCCAAAGAGUUUGACCAACCUCAGUGUAUUUGUGUAACGCGAGUCAGUUAUCAGUUUAUAUUGUAUAAUAACAUAAUAAUAUUAUAUUAUACAGCGGUAAUAAUAAUAACUGUAAUUAUUGUAAUUAUUAUUAUAAUUGUGCGUGUAUUGCCAUCGAUGGCGUUGAAUAAUAUAUAAUAUAUAUUUUAUAUGCUAGUCAGUAGUCACAAAAUUAUACACACGUGUUACAAUAGCGUUUACGAUUUAUUAUUAUUAUUAUUAUUAUUAUUAUUAUUAUUAUACACAUACCUAAUUAGUCUGUGAUGUUUUACAAUGUAAAUGAUAUACCUACCAUCAUCGCAAACAUAACAUUAUAGGCAUACUUAUUGUUUUUUUUUAUAAACGACGUUCUACGUCUAAUAACAUUUAGUUAUGAUAUUGUUAACCGUAAAUAUAAUUUAUAUGUAUUAAGUACCGUAAAUCGAUAAUAUGAUAAAUAUGUGCACAUUGGUUAAUUUAUAAUCGAUUAAUAAAAUAUUUAAACAUAA